AUGCACCCGGCGGGACUCGGGUCGGGUCUGUUACCGGACAGGAUGGCGGAGCAAUGGAGCCACAACACCACCAUGUCCUCUUGGAACCGGUCUACGGGCCAGGACCGGUUCAGCAGCCUGGAUGAUAUUGAUAUACCGGCGGACGGCUCACCGACCCUGCGCAUCCUCAUCUCCAUCGUGUACUCGGUGGUGUGCGCCGCCGGGCUGGUCGGCAACCUGCUGGUGUUCUUCCUGAUGAAAGUGCGCCGUGGCAGGAAGAAACGCUCCAGCAUCAACCUGUUCAUCCUCAACUUGGCCGUGACGGACUUCCAGUUUGUGCUGACUCUGCCUUUCUGGGCUGUGGACACGGCUCUGGACUUCAGCUGGCCGUUUGGAAACGCCAUGUGCAAGAUCAUCCUCUCUGUGACCGUCAUGAACAUGUACGCAAGCGUGUUUUUCCUCACUGCGAUGAGCGUCACCCGGUACUGGUCAGUGGCUUCAGCGCUUAAAGACAGGACCCGGAGGCGCGUGUGCCCCGUGCGUUGGGUGAUCGCCGGGCUUUGGGUCUCCGCCACGGUGGCUUCUCUCCCCACUGCGAUUUUCUCCACGGUGAAGAGCGUGGCAGGGGAAAGGCUGUGUCUUUUGGGCUUCCCGGAUGGUCAGUCAUGGUUAGCCCUCUAUCACCUCCAAAAGAUCUUGGUAGCCUUUGUGUUCCCCAUGCUUAUCGUCACGGUCUGCUACCUGCUGCUGCUCCGCUUCGUGCGUCUGAGGAGCAUGAACAACAACCAGGUGAAGCGGAGAUCCAGAGUGACCCGGUCGGUCACCAUCGUCGUUCUCUCCUUCUUCAUCUGCUGGAUGCCCAACCACGCCAUCACCUUCUGGGGCGUCUUGGUGAAAUUCAACCUGGUGAAUUGGGAUAAAACGUACUACAUGGUUCACACGUACGUGCACCCGGUGACCGUGUGCCUGGCGCACACCAACAGCUGCCUCAACCCGGUGCUGUACUGCCUGAUGCGCCGGGAGUUCAGGAAGAAGAUGAAGGAUCUGUUCUGGAGGAUUUCAUCACCCACCGGAGCCAACACCUGCCACCUGAGGCCGUUUUCUGGGACGGUGAGAGCGGAGCCAGACGACACCCAGAUUGUCAUCCCGUUAAAUAACGUGGAGACGGAGAACUGCAGACUGUCUGUUUUGACGGAUCAGUGCGACACGGAGGCGCUGCAGAGAUAA